AAAGAGCCAAACUCAGACUUGGAAGAGAUGAAUAAUUAUAGGUGCUUUUCUUGAUCAAAGUAUAUCAAACACCCCGAUCUUUCCCUUCUCUGAUAAUAUCCCCCUCGUUUCGAUUCAUUUUACCGCCUCUCGAAUUUGCUUCCUCCCAACCACAGAAUUGAAUCAAGUAAGGAAUGUUAUUCAUUUCCUCAAUUUGACUCCGAUCUAGGUUUCUGAUAUUUCUUUCAAUAAUUGGAUGGAUGUUCAUGUCUUCGAAUUUUCUACAAUAGAAAUUUGCUUCUACUAGCAACUGCUACAUGGCCAUCCUGUUUGAUGUUGCAUAAAUGGAAGAGGAGAUGGUUGAACAGUUAAUCCAAAUCUAUCGUAUGUUUGCUGGGGGUUUAACUUCUCGUCCUAAAUGGUGAAGUCAAAAAUCUCUCAUCGUCCAAUCAUCUCCUAUAGGCCCAUACAACCUUCUGAUUUAGAGAUUCUAGAACCAAUUCAUGAACAUCAUCCAAUGCUCUCUUGUUGGGCUUUUGUAAAACCUGUAGAUUGUUACUUAAAAAAUAUUUUAUCUCUUCAGGUGUGAGUCUGAGUUCUUCCGAAUGUUGUGAAUGGUCGUGACUCGUUAUAUUGUGUCUUGGGCGGCUGACAUAUAUAUAUAUAUGCCAUGCAACUUUUGCACCCUUGGCAUCUCCUGCUUUUCCUUUGCACAAGAAAGCACUGCAAACUUAUUCGACUUACUUCUGAUAACUUUCUUAUAGAUGAUAAAACCGGAGCUUUUUGUAAUCCCUUAAAAAUUGAAGUUAUUAAAUGCAACAUAGAAGCAAAUGAAAGAAAUUGAGGAGAUGUCUUCAGAAGGAACAAUGAGUGUGGUAGGAAGUGAGGUGAAGCCUCUAGAGUAUGGUGGUAUGGACUUAAAGAGUAGUUCGUCUCCAUCUAGUUCAGAAAAGACAGUGGAGGAAAGAAGGGAGCGAGGGAUAGUGGAAGAGGAGGAAGAAGAAAUUCCCUCGAACAUUAUGGAGGUUGAGGGUAAUGUAGAUAGGUGUUAUGACCCAGACUUAGGCAUAGUGUCUGAGGUGAGGGAGUAUGAGAGUGAAUUGGGUAGCAGGGGUAGCCUUAGGGGCCUCGUAGGUAACUGUAAACUUCCUCACCAUGUGUUAAUUAGGCCUGCCGAGGUGAAUGAGAAAGCGUGCUCAGCACCCCGAGAUCACUGGAUGCCCAUGUAUGUCCAUUAUUUGGCAGCAGGGCUUAGGCUUUAUAGUAUACUGCCAAACUCGGGGUGUUGGGGUCCUCACUGUAAGCGUGUUUAAACAUUUUUUCAUAAUAAAGUCUGAGGGUAAGA